ACCGUGGUGGAGGGGUUUGUGUGUCCCAAUGAUCCUAGAAGCUAAGUUGUCUGGGGCUUUAUGCCCCUGGCAGGGUCACCCAUGGCAAACAGGUUCGAGGUGAGGGGCCAGACAAAGCACGGCUCAAAAGACCCCAAUGACGACAAAAAUAAAUGGAUCUAGGUUUCCCUUGCCCGGACGCGGGUCACCGGGGCCCCCCUCUGGAGCCAGGCCUGGAGGUGGGGCUCGUUGGCAGGCGCCUGGUGGCCGGGCUUACACCCAUGGGGCCCGGCCGGGCACAGCCCGAAGAGGCAACGUGGGUCCCCCUUCCCAUGGGCUCACCACCCAUGAGAGGGGCCAAAGGGGUCGGGUGCAAUGCGAGCUGGGCGGCAGCCAAAGGCGGGGACCCUGGCGGUCCGAUCCUCGGCUGCAGAAGCUAGCUCUUGGGACAUGGAAUGUCACCUCUCUGGCAGGGAAGGAGCCCGAGCUGGUGUGUGAGGCAGAGAAUUUCCGACUGGAUAUAGUCGGACUUGCCUCCACACACAGCCUGGGUUCUGGUACCAGUUCUCUCGAGAGGGGUUGGACUCUCUUCCACUCUGGAGUUGCUCACGGUGAGAGGCGCAGAGCAGGUGUGGGCAUACUCAUUGCCCCCCGGCUCAGUGCCUGUACAUUGGGGUUCACACCAGUAGACGAGAGGGUUGCCUCCCUCCGCCUUCGGGUGGGUGGACGGGUCCUGACUGUUGUUUGUGCAUAUGCACCAAACAGCAGCUCAGCAUACCCACCCUUUUUGGAGUCCUUGGAGGGUGUGCUGGAGAGUACUCCUGCUGGGGACUCCCUUGUUCUGCUGGGGGACUUCAAUGCUCACGUGGGCAAUGACAGUGAUACCUGGAGGGGCGUGAUUGGGAGGAACGGCCCCCCCGAUCAAAACCCGAGUGGUGUUUUGUUAUUGGACUUCUGUGCUCGCCACGGAUUGUCCAUAACGAACACCUUGUUCAAGCAUAAGGGUGUCCAUAUGUGCACUUGGCACCAGGACACCCUAGGCCGCAGUUCGAUGAUCGACUUUGUAGUUGUAUCAUCGGAUUUGCGGCCGCAUGUUCUGGACACUCGGGUGAAGAGAGGGGCGGAGCUGUCAACUGAUCACCACCUGGUGGUGAGUAGGCUCCGAUGGUGGGGGAAGAUGCCGGUCCGUCCUGGCAGACCCAAACGUAUAGUGAGGGUUUGUUGGGAACGUCUGGCGGAAUCCCCUGUCAGAAGGAGUUUCAACUCCCACCUCCGACAGAGCUUUUCCCAUGUUCCGGGGGAGACGGGGGACAUUGAGUCCGAGUGGACCAUGUUCCGUGCCUCUAUUGUUGAGGCGGCCAAUCUGAGUUGUGGCCGUAAGGUGGUUGGUGCCUGUCGUGGCGGCAAUCCUCGUACUCGCUGGUGGACACCAGCAGUAAGGGAUGCCGUCAAGCUGAAGAAGGAGUCCUAUCGAGCCUUUAUGGCCUGUGGGACCCCAGAGGCAGCUGACGGGUAUCGACUGGCCAAGCGGACCGCGGCUUCGGUGGUCACCGAGGCAAAAACCCGAGCGUGGGAAGAGUUCGGUGAGGCCAUGGAAGCCGACUUCCGGACGGCUUCGAGGAAAUUCUGGUCCACCAUCCGACGUCUCAGGAGGGGGAAGCAGUGCACCACUAACACUGUGUACAGUGGGGAUGGGGCACUGCUGACUUCGACUCGGGACGUUGUGAACCGGUGGGCAGAGUACUUCGAAGACCUCCUCAACUCCACCAACACGCCUUCCUUUGAGGAAGCAGAGCCUGGGGACUCUGAGGUGGGCUCUCCUAUCUCUGUGGUUGAAGUCACCGAUGUGGUUAAAAAGCUCCUCGGUGGCAAGGCCCCAGGGGUGGAUGAGAUCCGCCCGGAGUUCCUCAAGGCUCUGGAUGUUGUGGGGCUGUCCUGGUUGACACGCCUCUACAACAUCGCGUGGUCAACAGGGAGAGUGCCUCUGGAUUGGCAGACCGGGGUGGUAGUCCCUCUUUUUAAAAAGGGGGACCGGAGGGUGUGUUCCAACUACAGAGGGAUCACACUCCUCAGCCUCCCUGGUAAGGUCUAUUCAGGGGUGCUGGAGAGGAGGGUCCGUCAGGAAGUCGAGCCUCAGAUUGAGGAGGAGCAGUGUGGUUUUCGUCCCGGCCGUGGAACAGUGGACCGGCUCUACACCCUUAGCAGGGUUCUCGAGGGCAUGUGGGAAUUAGCCAACCAGUCUACAUGUGUUUUGUGGACUUGGAGAAGGCGUUUGACCGUGUCCCUCGGGGAGUUCUGUGGGGGGUGCUUCGUGGGUAUGGGGUACCGAACCCCCUGAUACGGGCUGUUCGGUCACUAUACCACCGAUGUCAGAAGUUUGUUUCGCAUUGCCGGCAGUAAGUCGGAAUCGUUUCCAGUGGGGGUAGGACUCCGCCAAGGCUGCCCUUUGUCGCCGAUUCUGUUCAUAACCUUUAUGGACAGAAUUUCUAGGCGCAGCCGAAGCGUUGAGGGGGUCCGUUUUGGGGGCCUCAGUAUUACAUCCCUGCUUUUUGCAGAUGAUGUGGUGCUGUUGGCUCCUUCAAACGGGGCUCUCCAACUCUCACUGGAGCGUUUCGCAGCCGAGUGUGAAGCGGUUGGGAUGAAAAUCAGCACCUCCAAAUCUGAAACCAUGGUCCUCAGUCGGAAAUGGGU